AUGGUGACUCUAUUCGAAAAUCCUCAUGAAUCACCUUUGGCUAUGUUUUUAAUGCAAGUAUUUAUUACAUUGAUUGUAUGUAAAAUUCUUGCUAAAUUAUUAUCAUUCAUUCGUCAACCACAAGUUAUUGGACAAAUCAUUGCUGGUAUUAUUUUUGGUCCAUCGAUUCUCGGUUUUGCUAAAGGUUGGACGGAGGCUAUAUGGCCAGCAUCGAGUCUAAAAGUUUUUCAAUUGAUAGCCAAUUUGGGUUUGAUAUUUUUCAUGUUUUUUCUUGGAUUAGAACUUGAUUUGGAUCAAAUAAAAGCAAAUUGGAAAGUAACUAUUCCAGUUGCUUGUGUUAGUAUAAUUUUUCCUGUGGGUAUUGGAUGUGCAGUAGCCUUGUGGUUCUAUCAAAUGAAUGAUGGAAUAGAUGCAAGUAAAACAGCUUUUAUUUUAUUCAUUGCUUCGGGUUUUGGAUUUUCGGCAUUUCCUGUAUUAGCUACAUUAUUAAAUUCAAUGAAUUUACUUAAUGAACCAAUUGGUAUUCAAACAAUAUCUUUAGCUGCCGUAGAAGAUAUUGUUGUUUGGGUAGUUUUGGCUGUAGCUAGUGCUUUUUCAUCAGGUGGUUCAGCUCUUCAAGGUCUUUAUACUUUAUUACUUACAUUAGCAUUCAUUUUAAUCAUGGUUGUUAUUAUUCGACCAAUUUUUAAUCUAAUUCAUGGUUAUUAUGAACGUCGUGAAAAUGAUUGUAAUGUUUAUAUUGUUGUUGGUUGCUUUUUAUUACUUCUUAUUGCAUCAUUUACAACAGAAGUUAUGGGUAUUCAUGCAUUUUUUGGAGCAUUCGUUGCUGGUCUUUGUAUUCCACGAAAAGGUGAAUUAGUUGAAUUUUUGUCCAUACGUAUUGAAUUGAUUAUUGUGGAAUUUUUCUUACCUCUUUAUUUUGCUAAUAGUGGUUUGAAAACACGUUUGAAUUUAUUAAAUACAGGUCGAGCAUGGUGGACAUUGAUUAUUCUUAUACUAUUGGCAUCUGUAGCAAAAAUAGUUCCAGUUACAUUAGCAACAAAAUUAUGUACACGAAAAUCAUGGAAUUAUUGUGCAUCAAUGGGAGUUUUAAUGAAUACACGUGGUAUAGUUCAAUUAGUUGUUUUAAAUAUUGGUGUACAACUUAAAGUUAUAGCACCUGUAAUAUUUGCAAUGUUUGUUUUAAUGGCAACUAUUUUAACAUUUCUUACAUCACCUAUUUUAUAUUUACUCUAUCAACGUAAUGCUGCUUCAAAACUUUUAGAAGAAUCAAAUACUAUAAAUGAUGUUAAUUUGACUGAACAAGGAGAAAAGAACUUGGAAAAACCUAAAGAAAAUAUUGCAACAAUUUCGACAGGUGAAGAAGGAACAACAUCACAGAAUGAUAUAUCAAGUGAAUCAAUGAGAAUACGUACAAGAACUUUAAGUGCCAAGAGUAUUCAAAUACCAUCAAAUUAUCGUCGUCGUUCUUCACGAAUUCCAUCUAGUGUUGAAGGAGGUCGAUGGACGGAACAAGAUAAUCAACCUCCAAGAAGGCCUAGUCGAAUGACUCUUUUUUAA